CUUUCCUUAAAACAGGAACGCCUGCUGGUAAAUUUAACCAAACAGUGAGUGGCACCGCGAUUACAUCCCUGAUUGGGGGGUCUUAGGAAUUCCUUGCCUUUGGUGAAUGAUUUUUAACUUCUCAUCCUUGACACAUGGAAGCACGUGCUGCCUUCUAGGACUGAUGCCUCCCUUCAUGUGGGCAACAAAACACAACAUUUACAUGCAGAGUCACUGUCCAAGUUCUUCUUUUUCCUCGCAUCAACAGGAAAUAAAAUGAGUAUCUUCUGGAGACCGAUUACCACCCUAAUGUUCCUCUUACUGGCCUCAAGGGUGUGUCUGCAAUCGAGGCCAGAGGAAGAAGUGACUCUUAUAGACAGUUUGCAAUGCUACAAUGACUAUAAAACUGCAACAGUGUGCAGCUGGACUGAAACAAGAAGACAACGUGAAUUGCUCCCUAUGAACCUCUACCACUGGAAUAAUGAAAACAAAAAAGAGAAAAAAGAAAAUAUUUGCCAUCCAACAGAACCUCGUGAGAAUAUCUCCUCCUCUCUGAUUGGUUGGAAGUGCAAAACUCUUUCCUCCUUGUAUGCUGUUGCUUUGGAAGACUCUUAUGUUUUCAGACCAGCCAUUCCGGUUGGAGAACAAAGGGCUUUCCGCCUCUCAGAAAAUGUAAAGCCCAAACCGCCACGUGACCUGCAAGUCCACAUGGAUGAGAAUGGAGUUGUCACCUUGACUUGGCAGAAUGACUACCCAUCUGAGCAUCCUUUGAGAGGGCAGCUGCAAUACCAAGUCCAAUAUAAGAGAGAUUUUGAGGAUUGGCAGAAUGCUGAACCAAUUCAAGUUCCCGAAAAUGAAACCCAAUUUGUGAUUGGAUCAGAGAGACAAAUCAAGAGCAUGAAUUACACCACUAGAGUGCGAUCCCGAAUUAAACCCACUGGCCAAAAUCUGGGAACCUGGAGCAAGUGGAGCCUCCCAGUGGACUGGAACAGUAAGCCUGGGACCUACUGGGACUCUCCAAAUCUCAUCUGCGAGUUUGAUGGGCAUCUUAGUGUCUCUUGUACCUGGGAGGUCCCAAAAGAAAUUGCUUCAGUCUUGAAGUUUAAUCUGAUGUACCAGACUAGUUCUGAUGCUCAGCAAGUGUGCAUUCCUGAAGCUUUCAGUGAGGAUCCCAAUGGGCCUGUUGUGGUCUUCCAGUGUGAAUUCAAUGUAACCAGCACCUCAGAAGUGGUUGUCAGACUGAAACCAGAAGAACGUGUCAAAGUAAUACUUCCAUAUCAAAACAUCAAGCUGCCCCCACCCCAGAAUCUCAGCAUCCAGCUUGUUGAAGAUGAAUGGAUACUCAGCUGGCAGGAAGAUCACUUUGAACAUAUAAAUGCUAAAGCUGAAUUUUAUGUUCACUAUAAAAAAGUCAACGAACCUUGGGAGGCAGCUGUGGUUAAAGAAUAUUUCAAUCAAAUAUCACCUAGGAAAAAGUUCCAGCUGACUAUUCCAACUUCAAAGCUGUCCCCCUCUUCAGAGUAUGUGGCAAAAGUUCGGACCAUAUUUGGUUCCAAACGUGAUCCAGAUGAUUAUAGGCGGGGAGUGGAGUGAGUGGAGCUCAGAGUGUUUACUGGAAGACAGAACCAGGUCAAGAUAAUCUACUGAUGAUGAUGUUUAUCAUGGUGCCAAUAGCCAUUUUUGUUGGUGCCAUUGUACUAACUAUUAUGUACAAGAAAGGUCAGAGCUUGAUGAUGAAGUGGGGCAUAUCAAUUCCCGAGCCUCAGAAAAGCAAAGUGCUGACGGAGCAUUUCAAAAAGAUUUCUGGAUUUCAUCUUGUUUCUUUAAAUACCCUGGAUAAACCCAGAAUCAGCAGCCUGCAGGUCAUGGACACUCUUCAAACCUCUUUACUCUCCCCGAAAGAUAUGCUAAUGACUGCCACAGCCACUGUACUGACAGAUGAUGGCCUAUACAAGUACUUUGAUGACUUUUCUGAGCCUGGCAUGAUACAGAACAUCCAAAUAGCUCCACACGGCGCCCCGGGGGAAUUGGUUAACCACAAAACUUCUCAAUUGUUCAGUUUCAGUGGGCCCUAUAUUUUUUGCCCUCGGGCAAGCUCCUUACCUGAUGUAAAAGUCUCUCCUGUUCAAAACAACCCAGAUGCAGAAAACGGUUAUAUCUCAGCACUGAACCGAGUUGAUCAUCUUUCUUUACUGAAAGGGAACCAACUUUCAGUGUGCGAGGAGUCAACUGGUUACAUUGAAUCUCCAUGCCCUAAAGACUGCAUCGCUGAAACACGGAAGAUAAGCUGCCCUUGCUUGAAUUCUGAGUCCUUGUUGUUGAAUAGCUCAGGGAGAUUGGAUCAUUUGUUAAACAAAGGCAACACUUUGCAAACCGAACAGCAAGUCAGGAGUAUUACUUGCUUUAAUUAUGUCAGCAGUUCAGACCUACCGAAUCUGCCAAAAGAAAUAAUUGGAGACGUUGACUGUGAAAAAUUGCCAGUUACGGGUUGCAUUGCAGAUGUAGGAAGACAGAAUGCUUGUAUCACUGGGACACUGGACCCCCGAUGUCCCAUACUGCAAGACAAUAUCACAAGUCAUUCUAAAUCUACUCAGGAGACCCAACAAGAUAGACUUGUUGAACCCAACCUACUGUUCCUCACUGCAGGGGUAAAUGGAGAGAAACCUUCUGAAUUUUUGUCUGUGAGUUGUGACCCUGAAUACAGCACCCUGCAAAUGCUAAACUCCCAAAACUGUUUGACAGAGGGGGGCGCGCCUACCACUGGUCCUCUUGUACCUGUUUUACUGAAGCAGGUUGGAGAUUAUUGUUUCAUCCCAGAUCCCAGUGGUCGAGAUUGGAGCUCGGCAUCCCUUCCAGGUCUGUCUGAUCUGGCCAAUCAAAACCUUACCAAGGUUAAACCCACAGGAGAACAGAACUGUGGAAAUCCUUAUGUGACACUUACAACAGUGUGUUAGGAUUAAUGCAAUAAUAAAAUAUUACCGUAUAUACUCACAUAUAAAUCUGGACUUAAAACCCGAAAAAUCGAUCAUAAAAUCAGACCCCAACUUAUACGCCCAUUCAAAAAUCUUCUUGCCUCCUCCAAUCUCGCACCAGUUUCUCAGACGCAUUGAACUUUAUUGCAGCAGUGCAGUUACCAAUUUCUUUUGCCACUUCAACGACAUUUAAUUUAAAACCAGCUUCAUAUUUUCUUCUGAUCAAACACUCCAUUGUAGAUAAGGGAUGCUCUUACGAUAAAGCUGUAUGAGGGUGUGAGAUACAUCCAUCCAUCCAUCCAUUGUCCAACCUGCUAAUUCCGAACACAGGGUCACGGGGGUCUGCUGGAGCCAAUCCCAGCCAACACAGGGCACAAGGCAGGAACCAAUCCUGGGCAGGGUGCCAAAAACACAAAACAGUGCAAACAUUGCUUCGGAAUAGUUCAGGUAUUAUUGUGUGGAAUAAGAGAGAGGUUAGAGUUCUAUGUACCCACAUAGGAAAAAAGGCAGAGUGCUCCAUGGUUACUCUCUCAGGUGGGUGUUAGCAUAUCAUAAUCCCUUGUACCAAUAGAGAGAGUUUUCUGCAUUCGACUUAUAUGACCGACAUUAUAAAAUACCAGAAAUUAUCCGUGAGUAUGGUACAUGUAGUUUUCAGCCUUAAACCCACCUCUGCUGGUAGUAGGUCGUGCUGCUCACAAUCCUAAAAUUGUAUUUAGUAGACUCGCUAGCAGCAUGGAUGGAUGUCUAUGUACGAAGUAUGUUCAAAAAGUUUCCGUACUUUUAUAUUUUCAUUGGAAACAGCGAAGACGGGAGGAGUAGUCAUUGGGCAUUAAAAAGUUGGUACGACGCUGGGAAAAUUACAACGCAAACGAAGGUGACUAUGUAGAAAAUUGAUGUCAUUCGUUUUUGAAAUUCUUUAAUAAUAUUUUCUCA